AUGAAGAAAUCCGAGCCACCAAAGACAUCAAAACCCGCGGAUGGGACCGAUUUUAUCAGUAGCAUGCCGGAUGCUAUUCUUCUUUUGAUUCUUUCACGUGUUCCAUCCACAGAAGAAGCAAUUCGAAGCAGCAUUUUGUCCAGAAGAUGGAGAAAUUUGUGGACUGCAAUUCCAUCGCUAUACUUAGAUACUACAGGGGAUAUCGAGAUGCCCAAUUGCCUUGUGAUUUCCCCUUCGUUGGAGUCAUUAAGGUUGAGUUUGGGCCAUCAUGGUCUAAGGUUGCCUAAUAUCAUGGGGUUUCCGGCACUUAGGGUUCUUGAUUUGACCAGUGUUGACUUAUUGGAAGACGGCAAUUUGGUAAAAGCUUUUCUAGAAAGCUGCCCCCUGCUUGAGGAUCUGACUUUAGACGACUGCGUGCUAUGCAAACUUGAUCUUCUUUGUAUUUCAUGUCUGAAGCUCAAGAAGCUUAGCAUUGUUAACACGUACGAUGAUAAUGAUGAUGAUGGUGACUCCUUAAAGAAAGCUGAGAUUGAGCCUAAAUCGGAAGGGAACAACAUGUCUGUGUUGUUUCCUGGAAUUUCUGGUGUGGAAUAUUUGUGUAUCGACCCUUACUUCUUCAUUAAGUGCAUUUAUGCUGCAAUUGAUCCUGGUCUACCUAAUCUGAAGACUUUGGUGCUAAGCACAACUAUGGAUGCCUUCACCAUGGAUAACUUCAACCGAAUCCUCAAAUAUUAUCCCAAACUGGAGUCUCUCAAGUUGAUCAUUGAGCAGGAUUUUCAUGGGAGUGAUGGGACGGAAUACGGGUGGUUGGAUGAAGAUGAAACAAGGGAAAUCUUGAGUAUUGAUUUGAAAAGGGUCGAGUUUUUUGAAUUCAAUGGAGAAAAACCGAAAGUAGUUAUAAAAUGGUUUGAUGAUAUAUUGAAUAUGUAUUUCAAUUGGGGCGAAUUACCUUUCAAGUUCGUUGAAAACGAGGCUUUUGUGGAAUACACCAAUGCACUUAAUGCUAAGGUUGUGUUGCCAUCUAGACAUACAAUAUCCCGAAAUGUUUCCAAAUUUUACAUAGAAGAAAGAACCAAAAUGCUUCAAUUUUUAAGUAACCCAAAGACCGCUAUACAUUUGACAACGGACACUUGGACGUCUUCUUGUCAAAGGACUACUUACAUGGUGGUCACGGCUCACUUCAUAGAUGAGAAUUGGAUGAUGCACAAGAGAAUUAUAAACUUUAGGGAGAUAGAUAGCCAUAAGGGAGAGGAUAUGGGCCGAGAAUUACUCGAUUGUAUUCGUGGAUGGGGAAUGAAAAAUGUCAUGACCAUUACCUUGGACAACGCCGCUACAAACGACAAGGCAAUGGACUUUUUGGUCAAAAAGUUGCCCAAUCUUUACGAGGGUGGAAAGCAUUUCCAAGUUAGGUGUAUGGCUCACAUUUUAAACCUUAUCGUAAAGGAUGGACUAAAAUACCAAAACUAUCAUGUUGAGUGUAUCCAAAAGGCGGUACGGUACAUUAGAUUGUCACCACAAAGAAUAAACAAGUUCAAGAAGGCGAUGAAAGAUUGUGGCUUACAAACGAAGAAGUUUCUAUGUGGUGACACUCCUACCCGAUGGAACUCGACGGAACUCGACUUUCGAGUUAUUGAAGUCCGCAUAUGA